CCACGCCAUCCCCACCGUCCCACGCCCGUGGGUUGGGAGCCGCCCGUGCCCACAGCAGCUCGGAGCAGGGACACUCAUCCAGGACCCACUCACCGAGGAAGACGUUAUCAGAUCCUCCCUAAUUUGGCUGCUCUUGUGUUGACUUUGCCAAAUAAAGCAAACAUUUGGGCUCGCGGGAGCCCUUCCUGCCUGCUCUGUUUGUCGCUGCCGACGCCGCGGGGACGGCGGAUGCGGCCCCGGUGAGGAGCUCCGGGAGGGACCCCGACCACCGAGGGGGUUCUGCCUAUCCUCGGGGCUGCGUUCUGCUCCCACCCACCAUGGAGACCCUCCUGGUCUUCCUCGCCCUCCUGGGGGCCACCAGCACCGAGCAGCUCUUUGAGGGGGACCAGGUCCUGCGUGUCACGGCCAGGAACGAGGAGCACAUCGCCCUGCUCAGGGUGCUGGGCGAGCAGGAGGAGCUGCAGGUGGACUUUUGGCGUCACCCCAACAGCCUUGGCCACCCCGUGGACCUGCGGGUGCCCUUCCCCAGCCUCCUGGAAGUCAAAAAAUUCCUGGAUUCCCAUAAUUUUUCCUACGGCAUCAUGAUUGAGAACGUGCAGGAAUUAUUGGAUGAAGAAAAGGAAAGCAUGAGGAGGUCUAGGAGGGUAAAGAGAAGCUCCAGGAUGUUUGAUUUCGCCUCCUACCACACGAUAGACGAGAUCUAUGAGUGGAUGGACGUCCUGGUGGAGGAUCAUCCCAGCCUGGUCAGCAAGAUCCAGAUCGGGCAGAGCUACGAGCAGCGGCCCCUGCACGUGCUGAAGUUCAGCACCGGGGGAUCAAACCGUCCGGCCAUCUGGCUGGACACCGGCAUCCACGCGCGGGAAUGGAUCACCCAAGCCACCGGGGUCUGGACAGCCAACAAGAUCGCCAAGGAUUAUGGGCAGGACCCCACUGUCACGGCCAUCCUGGACAGCAUGGACAUCUUCCUGGAGAUUGUCACCAACCCCGACGGCUUUGCCUUCACCCACAGCUCCAACCGCCUGUGGCGCAAGACCAGGUCCAUCAAUGCUGGAUCCCGCUGUGUCGGAGUGGAUCCCAACCGAAAUUGGGAUGCUGGGUUUGGAGGUGCUGGCUCCAGCAGCAAUCCCUGCUCUGAGACCUAUCACGGCCCUCACGCCCACUCCGAGAGGGAAGUGAGAGCCAUCGUGGAUUUCAUCCGCGCCCACGGGAACGUCAAAUCCGUCAUCUCCAUCCACAGCUACUCCCAGAUGCUGCUCUUCCCCUACGGAUACAGGAGGGCGCCCACACCUGACCAUCAGGAAAUGAAUGAACUGGCCAAGAAGGCUGUGAGCGACUUGGCCGCCGUGUUCGGGACAAAAUACACCUACGGCAGCAUCGCCAACACCAUCUACAUGGCCGGAGGCACCACCAUCGACUGGGCCUAUGACAACGGGGUGAAAUAUUCCUUCACCUUGGAGCUGAGGGACUCAGGGCGCUACGGAUUCCUCCUGCCCAGCUCCCAGAUCGUCCCCACUGCCACCGAGACGUGGCCGGCGCUCCUGGACAUCAUGGUCCACGUCCUGGAGCAUCCCUACUGACCCCAGCACCUCUCACAGCAUUCCCUGCUCUCAAUAAAUCCUCGUGGAGAUUCAGUGGUUUCAGGCACCCUCAUUUUUUUCAUGCUAAACUCCAAAAAAAGGGUGGAAAAGGACUCCCAGUCCUGCAGGUGUUGAUUUUCCCCUUGUGACUUUGGCUCAAAGUCCCCAUCCUUUGGAGCCAACAGCCAGCAUGGGAGGAGAUGGGGUUUUUUUGGGUAAGCAACCCCAAAUUUGUGGGGUUUUGAGCAGCUUUGCUUCAUCGUCCCUUCCCAGGGGGCUACAAGGAGGGACAAGGGGUACCCUCAGGGUAUUUGCUGUUUAUUUUUGGCUACUGGGAUAACUGUCACCUGCUCUGACCUCUGUCCUGGCCCAAGCUUUAAACCACUUUCCUCAGCCAAAUUUUAAACCAGUUUCCCCACCGCUGUGGUUGAGGGAUCCAGCUCACCAAGCCCCAAGCGAAAAUCUGCAUUUUGUGCGUUCUCACCCCAAAUUGAUCCUGUCCCUCCCCUCAGCCAGCGCUGGAGGCUGCGGGAUUUUGGCACCUCCCGGUCUCACCUUGCUGGCAGCUGACUCAGCAGGGCCCCAGCCGGUUCCUGGGACAGGUUUGGACUGGGAGUGCCUGGAUGGGGACAGCAGGGCCUGACCUUGGCUGGUGGCAGCCAGAACCUUCCCAGGGCCCUGGGAAAAGGGACAGCUGGAGGGGCCGGGCUGGGGCCACCAUCCCAUGGGAUUUAAGAGGCCCCAGGGCACUGUUGGGAUGUGAGACC